AUGGCGUCCGAUCCGUUCGCUGACCGCAAUGCGCUAGACGCCAAUCCAUUCGCGGACCCGUCGGUGCAGGGCGCGCUCAACGACUCCUCACGCAUGUACGCCGGCGGCGACGACGAGACGGCUUCCACAUACAAGCAGGCGAGCGUGCAGGACGAGCUGCCCACGACGCGCGCCGAUGCCAAUCGCAUGGACGAGCUGCGGCGGCGCGAGGAGGAGCUCGCACGGCGCGAGCGCGAGCUCGAAUCGCGCGCGGCGCACAUCCAGAAGCACGGCCGCAACAACUGGCCCUUCUUCUAUCCGCUCAUCUACCACGAUAUCGACGCCGAGAUCCCGCCGGACAGCCAGCCCAUCAUGCACAACCUCUACAAGCUCUGGCUGCUGCUUGUGGCGACGCUCGUCGUCAACAUGGUCGCGUGCAUCUUUCUGCUCAUCCAGGGCGCCUCGGACGGCGGCAAGGACAUGAUCUCGGGCAUCGUCUAUCUGCCCGUCAUCACCGUCACCAGCUUCCUGCUGUGGUACAGGCCCAUCUACAAUGGCCUCAUGAAGGAGCACUCGCUCUUCUUCUACGUCUACUUUAUCUUUGCUGGGUUUCAUCUGGCGUUUUCGGUGUACGUCUUCCUCGGCAUUCCCUCCACCGGCUCGGCGGGACUCAUCAACACGAUCCAGGCGUUUGCAGGAGGCAGGCUCGUCGCCGGCAUUCUGGGUUGCAUAGCCACAGCGGGUUUCGGUCUGCAGGGCCUCGGCAAUCUGUGGUACUACCGCCUCAUCUGGAAGCACAACAACGAGCAGGGCCACUCGUUCGCCCAGGCCAAGAACGAGCUCGCCACCCACGGCAUGAAGGCCUACUUUACGCGCGGCUCCCAGGUGUAG